AUGGAGCGUAUGAAUGCCUUUACUGGCUUUCCGGAUUGUUCUGAUCCUGCCAAAGCUAUCCAAGGCUUUGUGGCACCCCCGUCACCAAUGCCACCUUACCAACAAUGCAUGCUUAUACAACGAAAGAUGUUAUCUUGCAGAAUAUACUUUUCUUGUGCUGUAUUCACAACCAUAUUUAUAAUCAUAACUACAGGUUUAUUUAUAUAUUACACUUCCAGAGGGCCUGAUGCUGUUAUCGACCUAUCAGUGAUCCACUUAGAAGAAGAACAAAAGGCGUUGCCACACCGGUGGAGAUCAGAUUCAUUACGAAAGCGAGGUCUAUUUCAUACAGUACUUGGUGCGUUCGGCAACCUUGUUUUUAUUGACACUGUACUCGUAUACCAAUCAUUUACCGCCAUUGAAAAAUGUGAUGUACUGCUCUGGGGAGUUCUUCUGGGCUAUUACACGUGGAUUUUCGCUAUGUGUGCACAGACCUAUCGCCUCCAAAAAUUACUACGGCUCAACAAGUUGAUAGUUCGUUAUAUGAGCUUAACAAAGUCUGAGCGCCUAAAACGUAACGACGAGCCAGACUAUCGAUGGAUGGUAAAGCAUUGUUCAAAAAAGGAGUUUUCUAAUGUGUGCUCUGCCAUUGUCUACAUCAUCACCGUUGCAAUAGUAAUCGCAGCAUGUGCAAUCGGACAGGCAAUCGCUUUUUACAAAUAUGGCCAACGAUGCUAUCUAAAGUGGGGAAUAUAUCUCUGCAUUGGGCUUGCAGCCAGCUUUCUUCUUGUGGUUGCACCGUACAUCGGAUGGGCACUACGAUCGGAAAAGGACGCUCACGGAAUAAAGCGUGAACUUCUGAUGGAAGUUUCAAUAGGUGUUCCUUGCUUUAUUAUCUACAUCGUCUGGACUUUUGUAUUUUUGCCACGUUCGUUUAUCACUGGAACUUUUACCUACUUGUUAUUCUCGUCUGUGAAUUGGAUCAUGUUCUUUGUUUUCAUUUGUCAUCUCUUGUCGGUUGUACUCCCCCUCGUCAGUACUCUAAAUUCUCGGUUUUUUGAGAAGUUCUCGCCAAUACUCUGGGGCUUUUGGAAUUCCAAGGUGCUCCUCCGAAAAAGGAAUAAAGCCAACUUCCAUAUCAAGACGAGGCGAAUAUUUGGAAUUGUUGUGAAUCAUCGGUCCCUGACGGUCAGGUACAAUCUGGACAUGGCACCCAGCUCACUCGAGUACGUCUUUAAUACCCCAGACCUUCUCAAACGUUUAAAACAGCUGGCAAUCGAAGACUUUAGUGUAGAGAACGUGCUGUUUUAUGAAAAGUACGGUCAGCUUUGUGAUCUUGUGAAACAAUGUCAGUGUAGCCCACAGAAUCACCACACCUCAUCCGUUUUGUCUCACACUAGCACAGACACCGACACCAACAUUGAUACUUCGUUUGAUAUCACAAAAGAGGGUGCCCCAGAAUUUGAAUCCAAGUCUGAACAUGGGUUGCUGAUUAAUAAACCAAUUGAGGAAUACCUCUGGGACAUUUUUAUGGAAUUUUAUCAGACGUAUAUUCGCGAUGGUUCGCCUCUUCAGGUCAAUAUAUCAUACCAGGCCAGACAUCAAAUUGACACUAUUUUCAAAAACCUUUUUUUGGGUGGAACCCGUAAACAAUCCCGGACGACCGCGUGGAACCGUGCUAAUUCCCAAGACAAUCAACCUCAGAAAGAGAAGAAGAACAGCGCUGGAACGUUGGAUGAUAUUUAUAUGGAUCGUGGUCAAGCAUCCUACGGAAAAGCUGGUUGCUCAUCCGCAGCUCAUCGAGAGUCUACUGUCAAUAGUCUAGAUCCAGUAAUUCUCACGCCUGCUGAAUCAGAAGGAGAAAAUAAGCAAACGUUUACUCUUGGUGUGUUUGAGACUGCAAGGAAAGAGGUGUUUUGGAAUAUUUUUGCUGGUUUAUAUCCUAGACUUGUGGACAAUGUAAACUCUGACUAA